ACGCAGGGCCCCCCCCGCGCCCGCCCCGGGGACAGCGGCGACAGCGGCAGCGGCGGCAGCGGGGACAGCGGCGGGCGGUGAGCGGUCCCCGGGAACCCACGGAACUCGGCCGCCCCCCUUUUCCACCUCCUUCUGCCGGGGGCCCCCGGCGGAGCCCCCCGAGCCCGGCCGGGCGGGACGGCGGCUCUGGGCGCGCUGCUGCGCUGCUUCCCCUGCGAGCGGCUGUGCGGGGGCUGCGCGGUGCCCCCCGGGGCGCUGCCCCCGGCCAUGCCGCCCCCGACCCGCCGCCACCUGCCCCCGGCCGCCCGCCUGCCCCCGCGCACCUUCCGCAGUUACCUGCCGCGCUCCCACCGCACCUACAGCUGUGUCCACUGCCGGGCGCACCUGGCCCGCCACGAGGAGCUCAUCUCCAAGUCCUUCCAGGGCAGCCACGGCCGUGCCUACCUGUUCAACUCCGUGGUGAACGUGGGGUGCGGCCCGGCUGAGCAGCGGCUGCUGCUGACGGGGCUGCACUCGGUGGCCGACAUCUUCUGCCAGAGCUGCAAGACCACCCUGGGCUGGAAAUACGUGAGUGCCCCCAGCUGGGACCCCCCACCUGCUGCAGGCACUGCCCGGGGACCCCAACCCCUGUCUGGGUGCCCCAGUCCCUUCCAUGGGCACCCCCGGGCACACCAAACCUGUGCUGGUGACACCCCCAAGCCCUGGGGAGGGCAGCGCCCAUCGGGGCAUGUGGGGGCUGACACUGUGUCCCUCCCACCCAGGAGCAGGCGUUCGAGAGCAGCCAAAAGUACAAGGAGGGGAAGUUCAUCAUCGAAAUGUCGCACAUGGUGAAGGAGAACGGCUGGGACUGACGCGGGGGUGCAGCUGGGACUG